AUGCGCCUACCAACCAAAGAGUUCGCCGUGCUACUGGCAUGCGCCGGCGUCGGUUCCUCACUCCAAGCAGAGAUCCCCGCCGAUCUACCUGUUGCAUCGCUUAUAUCCUCUGCAAAAUCACACCUUGCCACAGGCUCUCCUCGAGAUGCUUUGGCCUACUUCGAUGCCGCCGUCGCUCGGGAUCCGACCAACUACUUGACCAUAUUCCAACGAGGCGCUACAUAUCUUUCCCUAGGCAGGGAUACACAAGCCGCCGAUGAUUUCAACCGUGUCCUCGAACUCAAGCCGGACUUUGACGGCGCCUUAUUACAGCGAUCCAGAAUUAAGAGCAGAAGUGCAGAUUGGGCUGGCGCCAAAGAGGAUCUAGUCAAGGCCGGGAAGAAAUCUUCGCCGGAAUACGUUGAACUCGAUGAGGCGCAGACAGCAGAGAAAGCGGCCGAACAGGCAGAGGCCAAGGGGGACUGGGACACGUGUGUUUCGCAGUCUAGUGUGGCUAUCAUGAAAGCUAGUGUGGCACUCAAUCUUCGACGACUUCGUUCACACUGCCGGUUCGAGAAAGGUGAAAUCCAGGAAGCUCUGGGUGACCUGGCACAUAUACUACAGAUUUCACCGGGUUCUGUUGAGCCACAUUUACAAAUAUCGUCGACAUUAUUCUACGCUUUGGGGGACCACGAACGAGCCAUUGCACAGAUCCGGAAAUGUCUUCACUCGGAUCCAGACUCCAAGUCGUGUAGUCGGCUCUUCCGUAAAGAGAAGCAAUACGUUAAAGCCUUAAAUCAGCUGGAAGAGUUCAAGGAGAAACGAAAGUUCACUAAUGCGAUCAAUCUCUUGGUUGGAACCAAGGACGAGAGUGGCAUGAUUGAUGAUGUCAAGGAAGACGUCAAAGAAGCCCGGGAAGCAGGAUAUAUCCAUCGUAAUGCUCCAGAUGAGCUUUACACAUCUCUUAUUGAGACUACGUGUGAAGUAUACCGAGCUAUGAACUCCAAAAAAGCAAAGACGUACUGUACCGAUAUUCUUCAACUCAAACCACAUUCCUUGCACGGUCUGUUAUAUCAAGCUCAAACCUUUAUUGACGAAGACGAGUUUGACCGUGCCAUCAACACACUUACAACAGCCAAGGAACACCACCAGAGCUCCCGAGAAGUUCAAGAACUUCUCCAAAAGGCUCAAGUUCUACUCAAACGAUCCAAGCAGAAAGAUUACUACAAAGUCCUCGGAGUCAGCCGCGAUGCAGACGACCGAACAAUCAAACGAGCAUAUAGACAACUCACCAAACUCCAUCAUCCGGAUAAGGCCAUGUCGCAAGGCGUAACAAAGGAGGAUGCAGAGAAGAAGAUGGCCUCUAUCAAUGAAGCUUAUGAAGUCCUUUCCGAUCCGGAACUGAGGGCUCGUUUUGAUAAUGGUGAUGAUCCUAAUGAUCCCGAGUCCGGACGAGGAGGUCCUUUCCAGGGACAUCCAUUUGCCGGUGGACGAGGAGGUGGUGGUAGUCAGCAAUUCUUCUUCCAACAAGGCGGCGGCGGAGGAGCUCAAUUCAAGUUCAACGGCUUUCCAGGAGGAGGGGGGUUUCCAUUUUAG